AACGGAGGUUGCGCAAUGCACAUGCACGGUCAAAACAAAAUGAACGAAUCACUCUCUGAGACUACUCGUUCUUCUGAGUCACAUAAAAGAUUUGUUCAAAAUGAACGAAUAGUUCAUGAACGACCCAUUACUGUUCACAAAUCGGACUGAACGCUCGGGUCGCAAGAGUUCUCGAGUCAUCAGUACACUGAACUGAAUCGCCUCUUUCGAGCAUAAUACUGAUAACUGCUGAUCAAUGAGCUGCUGAUGAGCAUGCGUGAACCCAGGACUUGAAGGAGGGGCGAAACGUUUCAGAAGAGAGAUGUAAUGACUCUAUAAGAGAAGAGGAGCAUCAUGGAUGAGGACAGUAAACCGUUAUUGGGUUUAGCACACACUGGAGAAUAUUACACAGAUUCACUGGACUCCAAACUAAGGAGGCCGUUCCAUGUGGAGCCCAGGAAUAUCGUGGAUGAUGAUGUUCAGGAGCGGGUGUCUGCUGCGGCAUCAGUGUUGAGCAGUCGAGUUCAUUACUAUGGCCGUCUGACCGGCUCUUCUGACAGACUGCUGGUACCUCCAAAUCAUGUGAUCCCGGCUCCUGAAGACAUCUAUAUCUACAGUCCUCUGGGAACGGCGUUCAAAGUGCAGGGAGGAGAAAGUGCUGCCAAAAACCCCAGCAUUGUCACAAUUUUUGCCAUAUGGAACACCAUGAUGGGAACAUCUAUAUUAAGCAUACCCUGGGGAAUAAAACAGGCUGGCUUCACUUUGGGCAUCAUCAUUAUUGUGCUCAUGGGUCUGUUGACGCUCUACUGCUGUUACAGAGUAUUAAAGUCCCCAAAGUCAAUACCCUAUGUAGAUACUUCAGACUGGGAGUUUCCUGAUGUCUGUAAAUAUUACUUUGGAGCAUUUGGAAAAUGGUCGAGUCUCAUCUUCUCAUUGGUGUCACUGAUUGGUGCUAUGGUGGUUUACUGGGUUCUCAUGUCCAACUUCCUUUUCAACACAGGGAAAUUCAUUUACAACUAUGUUCACAAUGUCAACAUAUCAGAUACAGAGUUUGGCACGAAUGGAACAGACAGAGUGGUGUGUCCGUAUCCUGAUUUGGAUCCCGACAAGAACCGCAGUGUUGUUUUCUACGUAGGUGAAAACAGCACAGGACAUGAUGUGUUUGACCGCUGGUGGAGUAAAACCAACACCAUCCCUUUUUACCUCAUCAUACUGUUGCUGCCACUGCUCAAUUUCCGCUCCGCCUCAUUCUUUGCCAGGUUCACCUUUUUAGGCACUAUAUCGGUGAUGUAUCUCAUCAUUUUGGUCACCCUUAAAGCUGCUCGACUGGGAUUUCACCUGGCGUUCUACUGGUUUGAACCGUCUAAAUUGUUCGUUCCAGAGUUCAGAUCACUCUUUCCGCAACUGAGUGGAGUUCUGACACUCGCAUUCUUCAUUCACAACUGCAUCAUCACCCUUAUGAAGAGCAACAGACAUCAAGAAAACAAUGUGCGGGACCUGUCGUUGGCUUACCUUCUCGUGGGGUUAACAUACCUAUACGUGGGUGUGCUGAUCUUUGCUUCCUUUCCAUCACCUCCGCUGUCUAAAGAAUGCAUCGAACCAAACUUUCUGGAUAACUUCCCCAGCAGUGACAUCCUGGUGUUUGUUGCAAGAACUUGUCUUCUGUUCCAGAUGACCACCGUUUACCCUCUGCUGGGGUAUCUGGUGCGGGUGCAGCUGAUGGGGCAGAUCUUUGGUGAUCAUUACCCGGGUUUCCUCCAUGUGUUUGUUCUAAACAUCGUUGUCGUUGGAGCUGGAGUUCUCAUGGCCAGAUUUUACCCCAAUAUUGGCUCUAUUAUCAGGUACUCUGGGGCGAUGUGUGGUUUGGCUCUGGUGUUUGUUCUUCCCUCUCUGAUACACAUGAUCGCACUGAAGCGGCGAGGCGAGUUACGCUGGCCAUCCGCUGUCUUUCACGGGCUCCUCAUCCUGCUCGGUGUGGCCAAUCUGUUGGGACAGUUCUUUAUGUGAGACCCCUGUGCCUUCAAUUGAAUUCAUCACACAUGACUUCACAGUGUAGAAUUGAGUUCUCACUUCUUCUGCGGUUGGGAAUCGUUCCUCUUGUGCUUCUUACAGGACUGAAGUCAUGACACUUGGACGACUAACUGACUAAUCAAUGUAGCAGUGGGUUUUAUUUCAAGGGACUCGAGGCACCAAAAUGUUUCUGUUUACACAUUUUAAUGGAUUUUAUUAAAAUGAUAGAUUUAGCAUAUUGUUUUUAUCUGUUCCCAUUAGCUUCAGACAAGCUACUGGAUGCUGUCAUCAGGGAUCUAAUCAUUUUUUCUUUUGUUUUUGCUUUUCAUUUACCUGUAAAUUUAAUCAAUCAAAUCACAAUGUAUCAUCUUUCUCCCUGAUUUCAUUAAUUUGGUAAAUGUGGAGUGGAGACGAACUUUACCAUAGCUAAUAAUGUGCUCCUGCAAGAUGCAAGAAUAUACUGUAGAAAAUUACACCCUCUUUUUAAAACUUUAGUCAGUAUCUUCGUCAUAUUUAAAACAAAUUACACAGAUCAAGCUGUUUCACUGGUAAUUAACACUACAUGAAGUGUUCAGUGUAAAGACCCAGUUUUGACUGUGACAGUGUUGUGUAAAAUGUAUUGGAAUUAAACCUGCAUAAAUAAUGGAUACAUAAAGGGAAGCAGAAGUGUCUAGAUUCGGUUACAGGUUAUGUUCAUGAUAACUGUUUCUUGUUGACUUGAUAUUGUGUUUGUUCUGAUUCAACAGAAGAGUAACACUCUGAUGUACUUUAUAAAUCAUAUGCCAUGGAUGAGGGAAGCUUCGAUUUGCACAUGUCUGUGAGGUUCCAAAGCUUGUCACUUUUAAUGUAUUUGUAAAUAUCAUUUUCUGUCCAAACAACGUCUUAUGUUCUUGCCUAUGCUGUUAUGAAUAAUAAAUAAUACAUGUA